AACCCACCCUGAUCCUCAGCUCUAUGGUGUUGUAUAGUUAGUCGGGUUUAGCCCUAAAAACAAGAAAAUACUAAUGGGUUCCGUUGCCUAGUAUUUGUAUCACCAAUUAACAGAAACUAUCUGCUAUUUUGAUUUCCAUUUCUGCGAUCUAAAAAUCGACAGACUCAGAAUAUUAACGUGUUCAUCCGUAGUAUGAAGACCAGCCAUCAAAAAAUAUCAAGGCAAAUUUCGUCAUUCACCACCAAGUUGUGACAGAGAGGGUUUACAUCUUUUUCACAAUCAAAACACACCGGUCCUUGAAAAUGGCUGCAAUUCCAUCCAGUGGCUCUCUUGUUGCUACCCAUGAUUACUACCGAAGGCGCAUAGGAUCCACUUCCAGCAAUAGUUCCUGUGGCAGUUCGGAUUAUAUAGGGGAAGUUAUUCCACACCCCCCAGGUCUGUCCAGACAGGACUCGGGCCAUUGGUGGGCCAGUUUUUUCUUUGGAAAGCAGAGUACACCUAAUGGACAUGACACCCAGCCCAAGGCUGGGACUUACACUGUAACUAAUGGCCAGGUGACUUGCAUUGCCAAGGAAAUGGUCCUGAAGAGAAAUCUGAGUGAAAGCGGUGAGCAUGGAAAUCCUGAGCCUAGCACUCCGCCUGCCUCCUAAAUGCACAAUCCAUAUAACCAGUUUUAAAACCAGUUUUGUACACCACACCAGAUCCAUGGGUAGAUCCACCAUCUUCCUUUGAAUUGUUAGUGGAAAUAAACUGCUUUUUAUGUUGCUCAGGCUGCUCUUUUCUUUUUCUUUUAACUGAUGACCAAAAAUGUUUAAACAAAUUUAAAUAGUCAUAUCAUUUUGACCACUUUUGUUACUGUGUGCCCUUUGAAUAAAUGUCUCCAGCCCAUGG